AUGGCUAGCAAAUUAUUAGCCUUCACAUUGACAUGUCCAUGUCCAUUCACUGUCUCUCCAACAUUCUUAUCAUCCACUUCUGCUUCUAGACUCCAUCAUCCUAUUCGAUUCAAUGCCGGCCGCCACUCUUGCCUUCGCCGCCGCCUAUUCGAGUUUUCCCCCAAGGCCACCUCCGAACAACAGGAAGAUACUGUUGUUGAUAGUAAAAUCUUACAGUACUGCAGCAUAGACCAAAAAGAAAAGAAAUCAAUCGGUGAACUUGAACAAGAAUUUCUUCAAGCACUUCAAGCUUUCUACUACGAGGGAAAGGCAAUUAUGUCGAACGAAGAAUUCGAUAAUCUCAAAGAAGAACUCAUGUGGGAAGGAAGCAGCGUUGUAAUGCUAAGUUCUUCUGAGCAGAAAUUUCUUGAAGCGUCUAUUGCUUAUGUGUCUGGAAAUCCAAUCUUGACUGAUAAAGAGUUUGAUGAAUUAAAACUCAAGCUAAAGAUGGAAGGGAGUGAAAUUGUGGCUGAAGGUCCCCGGUGCAGUCUUCGUAGUAGAAAGGUUUAUAGUGACCUUACUGUUGACUAUUUCAAGGCAUUGUUACUGAAAGUUCCAGCAACUGUGGUUGCAUUAGGAUUGUUCUUCUUUCUUGAUGAUGUAACUGGAUUUGAGAUUAAUUAUCUGAUAGCGAUUCCAGAACCUUUCAGUUUCAUUUUGACUUGGUUUGCUGCUGUUCCUUUCAUUCUGUGGUUAGCACAGUCAAUUACAAAUGCAAUCAUAAAAGAUUUCUUGAUUCUGAAGGGUCCAUGUCCUAAUUGUGGUACUGAAAACACCUCAUUCUUUGGGACAAUAUUGUCAAUUUCAAGUGGUGAUUCAACCAACAAAGUCAAAUGUGAGAACUGUGCAACUGUGAUGGUAUAUGAUUCAACUACAAGGUUGAUAACAUUGGCAGAAGGAAGUAAUGCAUAA